AUGGUAGCCGCCGGAUGGCCAUGGCGCAUUGCCCUGGCCGGGCUUCUGGCCUCGGAAGUGGCAAUCGCCGCGCAGAAGCCGCUGUCUCCUAAAUCCGCCCGGAAUCCGCUUGACGAUACGUUCGCGACGCUUGUCAACAAGACGCUCGAUGACUGCAAGGUUCCAGGGCUUGCCAUUGCGGUGAUUGACGACGAAGAGAUAUUUGCCGAGGGGUAUGGCUAUGCGACGCUGCCGGACACGAGAGCAACGCCAGAGACGCUGUGGUACGGCGCCUCGACGACCAAGGCGUUUACGGCGGCUACUCUCGCCCACCUCAUCGAUUCCAAGCAACAUCCUUCUUUGACCGCAGGCUGGCAAACCCCAAUCUCGUCUGUGCUUCGCGACGACUUCAUAUUGCAGGAUGAGUGGGCGACAAACCACAUCACCCUUGAGGAUGCGGUCAGCCAUCGCACAGGCAUGCCGCGCCACGACAUGUCAAGCAUUCGCAUCAUAGACGGCAGGUCGGCCGUGCCCCGGGAUAUUGUGCGUAGCUUGCGGCAUCUCCCGACCACUGCGGAGCCUCGCGUCAAGUUUCAGUACUGCAACCUCAUGUUCGUCACGUUGUCUCAUGUGAUUGAGACUCUUACGGGCAAGUGGCUGGGAGACGCGAUCAAGGAGACAAUCUGGGGUCCUCUCGGUAUGAACGGAACGCGAUUUAGUCUCGAAGACGCUCUACACGCGCCGUACCAUCUUGCCCGGGGUUACAGGUGGGAUGAAGACAACGAAACCUAUCACGAGGUAGACCACAUGCCCGUGACGGAGGUCAGCGGCGCGGGUGCCAUCUUCUCCAACGUCCUCGACUACGCCAAGUGGGUUAAGAGCCUUAUCCACGCAAGCGGCCCGCUCUCUGAGGCAGUCCACAAGGAGAUCCGGACACCGCGAAUGAUCAGUUCCAUGCCGGCGAAUGGCCUUGAUGUGCAGGCGUAUGCCCUGGCGUGGGAGAGGUUCGUCUACAAGGGUCACGUCGUGUACACGCACGGUGGAGGCAUGCACGCUUUUGGCGCCGGCGUCUACUGGCUGCCAGAGGUCAAGUUUGGCGUCGUGGCCUUUGGAAAUACGGCAUUGACGUCCAACGCGGCCGAAGAGGAGCUCAUAUUUAAGCUCAUUGACGACAAACUUGGCAUCCCGGACGAGGACCGCAUUGACCAGAGAAAGAAGUGGGACAAGAUUCUGCAAGAAAGCAAGAAGAACCUGACCCAGGUCCUCGACGAAGUAUACCCGGAAAGACCAAAGAAAGCCCUUCCUCCGACCGUUGAUAUCACCGAGCUACAAGGCACAUAUCACAACGCUGGAUAUGGGAACAUCACACUCCGUAUCAAAGACGAGACCAGCGUACUUGGCGAGCGCAAGCUUUUAACUGCCUCGCGCUCAGAGUUCACAUUUCCGAUGGUGUUGGACCUGCAUCAUGUAUCUGGCGACUGGUGGCUCAUGGUACUCGACAUGGCCAACAACCCAGUCGUAUACUUUCGGUCAUACGCCGAGGCUGAGUUCCAGUUUGGGGUGGACGGGCGGCCGCAUGGGUUAGACGUGCAAUUCUCGCCUGGGGGAUUGAACGAGGGCGACAGGGACCCCAAGGUAUUGUUUACGAAGAUUGUGUGA